AUGAUGAUCCUCAAUGCCAGCCUGACCGGACGGGAGGUGCUGCCGCCCUUCCCGGGUCCCGGCACCGCGGCCGCCUCGGCGCAGAGCGGGGCCCACCUGAGGCAGUGCGACCUGCUGCAGCUGUCCCGCCGCCAGAAGCAGCUGUGCCGCCGGGAGCCGGGCCUGGCCGAGACGCUGCAGGACGCGGCCCACCUCAGCCUGCUCGAGUGCCAGUUCCAGUUCCGGCAUGAGCGCUGGAACUGCAGCCUGGAGGGGAGGACGGGCUUGCUCAAGAGAGGGUUCAAGGAGACGGCCUUCCUGUACGCGGUGUCCUCGGCCGCGCUGGCGCACACGCUGGCCCGGGCCUGCAGCGCCGGCCGGCUGGAGCGUUGCACCUGCGACGACUCGCCGGGGCUGCAGAGCCCGCAGGCCUGGCAGUGGGGCGUGUGCGGCGACAACCUCAAGUACAGCACCAAGUUCCUGAGCCACUUCCUGGGGCCCAAGCGCGGAAGCAAAGACCUGCGGGCACGGGCGGAUGCCCACAACACCCACGUGGGCAUCAAGGCCGUGAAGAGUGGCGUCAGGACCACGUGCAAGUGCCACGGCGUGUCGGGCUCCUGUGCCGUGCGCACCUGCUGGAAGCAGCUCUCCCCGUUCCGCGAGACGGGCCAGGCGCUGAAGCUGCGCUACGAGGCCGCCGUGAAGGUGUCCAGCGCCACCAACGAGGCCCUGGGCCGCCUGGAGCUGUGGGCCCCCGCCCGGCCGGGCAGCCCUGCCAAGGACCUGGCGCCCCGGCCGGGAGACCUGGUCUACAUGGAGGACUCGCCCAGCUUCUGCCGGCCCAGCAAGUACUCGCCGGGCACGGCGGGCAGGGCGUGCUCGCGGGAGGCCAGCUGCAGCAGCCUGUGCUGUGGCCGCGGCUACGACACCCAGAGCCGCCUGGUGGCCUUCUCCUGCCACUGUCGAGUGCAGUGGUGCUGCUACGUGGAGUGCCAGCAGUGCGUGCAGGAGGAGACGCUCUACACCUGCAAGCACUAG